AGUGGAAAUAAUGUUGUAGUACGCUUGACAAAGUCUUCCGGUGACUCUGUCAAAAUGGCUCUUCCGCUAACAUUUAACAUUGCAUUGUUUUCCACUCUUUUUUUUGUCUUGUUCACUGAUGUUGUAUUUUGUAAUAACGGCAGAAGGGUUGGCGAUGUCAUGGACACUGAAUUCGGGGGGUUCUCUGUACCUCUUGAACACUCAUUUGAAGUUGAUGAUGUAGCACAGUUUCGUGUGCGUGGAGCUCUGGUGCUGAAAGCUGGAAGGGAGCCCAGCGUCGCACUGACUCAGAACCAGCUGUCAGAGGAAGACAGGGCCAAACUGAAGGAAGUGGCUGCAGUAGACGGUCUGUACAGGAUCAGAGUGCCUCGUGUUUUCCUGCAGGCAGACAGACAGACAGAGCGGCAGCUGGAGGGUUACCUCACAGCAUUUGUCAGAGCGUGUGCCAUGGUUGAGUCCCAUCUGAGCGACGUCAUCGCCCUCCACACUGACGUCUCCGGGUACCUCAUCGGGGUCUCCAUAGUGACGCUCCCUGGAGCCUGCAGAGGCACUGAGGUUGAGGAUGAGGUUGACCUUGAGGUUUUCAACACCACACUCAGUGUCAUGGGUCCUGUCAACGCACCGGGACCUGAGACUGCUCUGUUCCUUGAAAGAAUGGAAAUGGAAACUGAGAAGAAAGGGAAGAAUCCACAAGAGCAGAAAUCUUUCUUUGCUAAAUAUUGGUAUUUGAUUCUUGGAGGAGCUAUCUUCCUCGUGGUCUCCAGUGCAGCACAGCCCCCAGCAGGGGGAGGCAGUGAGCAGAGCUGAUUCCCACUGAAUGGAUGUACAUCGUGCCGCUCGUUCUCUUCCUCAUGAUGUCUGGUGCUCAGGACCAAUCAGGUGGAGGCGCCGGAGGCGGAGCAGCCAAUGGAGGUGGCCGAUGAGCUUCUUUUUUUUGUCUUUUUUUUGCUCAACAUUUCCUGAACAAUAACUCUCUGACACAUAUUUUAAUUGCUGUACAUAAUGCUAUUUAAGAAUGAUAAAUGUUUGUCACACGCGCAGCUUAAACUUGUACAGCAUAAAGGAGAUAUUGUGCCCUGCAGACGACUGCAUUUUAAUACUAACGUGAAAAUAAAGUAUUUAUUACUUG